AUGCGCCUGGAGGCGAAGAUUCAGGGAGUCCCAUUGGCAGACCACCUGUGCGUCCGUUGUGGUGCUGUUCGACAGCAAAGGCAUUUGGCUGACGAGGUCUUCUUUGAUGUGCAGAAGCCGCCAGUGCCCCUGGAGCUUCGAGUCUUCAGGCGAAGUGGUGGCAUUUCAAAGGCCGCUUUGGAUGAGUGUCGUGGAGAAGAUGGAUUGUACAAGGUGCACCUUCGGAGUAAAGACGGUCAUUCGAUGAGUGUCACCUUCCGUACCCGGAAGUGGUCUGAAGAUAAGAAGGUCCCCACGUCGGAGGAGGAGGCUGCGGCAGAGGCCUACUUGCAGAAGCAUAGCUUGCCUCAGUUUGUCAAGAAGGUCUUUGAUCAACUGCUUACUCAGCAGCCCAAGGAGCGGCAGAAGCUCUUGUGGGCGGAUGCCGCUCGAGCGGAACAGACUUCAAGUCUGAACGCGCGGCCGGCCAGUGAGCUCAAGGUCCAGGAAGACACAGCGGUGGAGAUGCCUAUCACUCCUGGGCAAGAAGUCCACCAGACGCGUUGUCGUGAUCCCCAAAGGCUACGGAGCAAAGCAAGAGAGACUUUGUCCAAAAGCUACUUGAAUGGGAGCUUGGCAAAGUCCCUGAACAAGUUGUUUGCAAAGAAAGACGUGGCCAAUCAGCUGCCGGAGGAUGGCGAGGCUCUGGUUGCGGCGUCCAAAGGCUGCUCCCUGCAAGAGCUCAGAUUAAAGGCGAAGGAAGCUCUAUCCAAGAGUUAUCUGAACCAGAGCUUGGGCACCUCACUACAAAAGCUAUCGGCUCGGAGUCCCAAUGAAGAAUUUUGA